AAAAAGGCAAUGCAAAUACCAGUAUCCUUUUACAAAUGAGGACCUUGAGGCGCUCCAAGAUUGGAUUGUAUCACAUUUUAAAGAUCUCUCAAUUAAUAAGUAGGACAGCUGGCUUCAGGACAUAGUGACAUCAGUGCUCUACUUGGGCAUUCUUUCCACUUGUCAGAGGGAGGAAGGACAAGGGAAGAGAAAGAAGGAAGAAGAUGAAAGGAAAAGGAAGAAAAGGAGGGGAGGAGGGAAAAUAUUGCCUCUAUUGUGUUUAUCAUCUGCCAUUCAGUGUUUAGCACAUACAUUAUUGCUUUCAGUCUUCAUAAGAACCUUUGGAAAUAGAUACCAUCCCCAUUUUACAGUUGAGCAAACUAAGACUCAAAGAAGUUCUAGCCCCCUCUUAUAGUUCCACAGCUAGUACUAGAGAUACUCCAGAGACUAUCUUUCCACCACUGCACAAAACUGAUUCAUUCCCAUGCUGUUCAUUAUGUCUCUGUAUUUUUUUAAACGAACAUUGCAAAAUUCACUUUAUUUAUUUAUUUUUUUUAUUUCUAUAAGAGAAACAGGUCAGGAGAACUAAAAAACAAACAAAACUCUGGCCCUGCACCAUGGUGUGUUGGUAGUAUCGACACUCGGGGAAAAUGUAAAUACGUUUCUAGACUAAAGUGAAAGUAGAGAAUUAGAAGUCAAUAUCAAAACUAAAACAAAGCCACAUUUUGUGAAGCACACAUUAAUAGCAGUACAUUGGAUCAAAGGAUGUGAUCUCAUUUCAUAGUAAAACAGGUCCUGCAAGCCCAGGUAACUCAGGAAGCAGAAUGGUAAUUAUUCACAGAAGAAAGCAGGUAGUAUACUGUUACAAUACUACAGUAGAAAGUCAGAAGGUCACAAAGCUUGCAGGGUAACUGACACAAUUUGAAACUGCUUGGCCCCCUUUAAAAAGAAAUAAUAAAAUGGGAGAGAAUGAAGCAAGUUUACCUAACACAUCUUUGCAAGGUUCUCAUUGAUGUUCUCCACUCUUUUCUCAAGUCCAGUAAAAAGAUGGCUUAUCAGAAGGUCAAUGCAGAUCAAAGAGCUCCAGGACAUUCACAGUAUUUAGACAAUGAUGACCUUCAAGCCACUGCCCUUGACUUAGAGUGGGACAUGGAAAAGGAGCUGGAGGAGCCUGGUUUUGACCAGUUCCAGCUAGAUAGUGCUGAGAAUCAGAACCUGGAGAAUCCAGAGACUGCAGACCUCAAUCUUGAUUCCAUUCAACCAGCAACUUCACCCAAAGGAAGGUUUCAGAGACUUCAAGAAGAGUCUGACUAUGUAACCCGUUAUACAAGAUCUGCACCAAAGAGCAACCCCUGCAAUUUUUGCCGCCUUUUAAAAAUACUUUGCACAGCCAUCGUUUUAUUUAUUUUGGGGAUUUUGAUAGGCUAUUAUGCACAUAAAAAUUGCCCUUCAAAUGCUACAACUUCAGGAACACUUGAUCUUCACUUAUACCAAGAGAUUCUCAAGACAAUCCAAGCAGAAGAUAUUAAGAAGUCUUUCAGAAAUUUGGUACAACUGUAUAAAAGUGAAGAUGACACAGAAAUUUCAAAGAAGAUUAAGAGUCACUGGACUUCCCUGGGCCUAGAAGAUGUACAGUUUGUAAAUUACUCUGUGUUGCUUAAUCUGCCAGGCCCUUCUGCCAGCUCUGUGUCUCUGAGCAGCAGUGGCCAAUGCUUUCAUCCUAAUGGCCAGCCUUGCAGCGAAGAAGCCAGAAAACACAGCAGCCAAGAUCUGCUUUACUCAUACGCAGCCUAUUCUGCCAAAGGAACUCUCGAGGCUGAAGUCAUUGAUGUGAGUUAUGGAAAUGCAGAUGACUUAAAAAGGAUACAAAAAAUGAAAAAUACAACGAAUAAGAUUGCACUCCUGAAAUUAGGAAAAUUGCCAUUACUUUAUAAGCUUUCUUUAUUGGAAAAGGCUGGAUUUGGUGGUGUUCUUCUAUAUAUUGAUCCUUGUGAUUUACCAAAGACUGCAAAUCUUAGCUAUGAUACCUUCAUGGUGUCACUGAACCCAGGAGGAGACCCUUCUACGCCUGGUUAUCCAAGUGUGGAUGGAAGCUUUAGGCAAAACCGAUCAAACCUCACAUCCCUGCUGGUGCAGCCCAUUUCAGCAUCUCUCGUUGAAAAACUGAUCUCUUCACCAAACAGCAGAACCAAAAACAGUAUCUGUAGCCCUCUAGAACUGCCAAACAAUGAUCAGAGGAUUGUCAGCAUGCAAAUUCAGACAGUUACCAAAUUCAAAACAGUCACUAAUGUUGUUGGAUAUUUAAAGGGCUUGACAUCUCCAGAUCGGUAUAUCAUAGUUGGCAGCCGCCAUCACACUGCAUACAGUUAUUAUGGACAAGAAUGGGCCAGCAGCACUGCCAUAAUCACAGCUUUUAUCCGGGCCUUGAUGUUAAGAGUUAAGAGAGGGUGGAGACCAGACCGCACAAUUGUUUUCUGUUCAUGGGGAGGAACAGCUUUUGGCAAUAUUGGCUCAUAUGAAUGGGGAGAGGAUUUCAGGAAGGUUCUGCAGAGAAAUGUCGUGGCUUACAUUAGUCUCCAUAGUCCCAUAAGGGGUAACUCAAGUCUAUAUUCUGUAGCUUCACCAUCUCUUCAGCAACUGGUGGUAGAGAAAAAUAAUUUCAACUGUUCCAGAAGAGCUAAGUGUCAAGAAACCAAUGUCAGUUCUGUACAGAUAGAAGGUGAUGCUGAUUAUUUCAUCAACCAUCUUGGAAUUCCCACCGUGCAGUUUGCCUAUGAGGACAUCACAGCAUUAGAGGGUCCAAGUUUUCUCUCUGAGGCCCUUUUCCUUAAACGUGCAACAAAAAUUGAAGAAAUGGAUCCUUUUUUCCACCUUCAUGAAACCAUUACCAAGCUCUCGGGAGAAGUGAUUUUGCAAAUUGCCAAUGAACCAGUUCUGCCCUUUAAUGCUCUUGAUAUAGCUAUAGAAGUUCAAAACAGUCUUAAAGGUGAUCAACCCUACACUCAUCAACUGCUAGCCUUGGCGUCACGCCUGCGGGAGAGUGCUGAACUCUUCCAGUCAGAUGAGAUGCGCCCUGCUAAUGAUCCCAAGGAGAGAAUUCCAAUCCGUGUCCGAAUGCUGAAUGACAUACUCCAAGACAUGGAGAAAAGCUUCCUGGUAGAGCAAGUGCCACCAGGUUUUUAUAGAAAUAUCCUGUACCACCUUGAUGGGAAGACAAGCCAGUUUUCAAUACUCCUGGAGGCUUGGGAGCACUGCAAGUUACUUGCAUCAAAUGAGACCAUUCAGGAAGCCCUGUCAGAGGUGUUGAACAGCAUUAAUUCAGCUCAGGUUUACUUUAAAGCAGGACUUGAUGUGUUCGACAGUGUCUUGGUUGGAAAGAACUGAGAAAACUCUCGGCAUUUUAAGAAGUUUGUUUACAAUUCCUCAAGCAAAAGCUCUAACCAGGUUUUCUGACAUUGAAGACUUUCCCCCCAAUGACUUUUUUACAAUUCCAAAGCUAUUAUUACGUUGUAUUUUUAAAUGUACAUAUAAAAUAGCAUUUUGCACAUUUAAUAUUUUCUUAUAUCUACAUCUCUGAAUAUGUAAAAGCAAGUUAUUGAAAUAAUACCUAAGGUUUAUCUAUUAAAAAGAAAUCUGCUGUAUUUUUAUAUAUAUGAAAUAUUUGGGGGGCAAAGUUCCAAGAAGUUCUGGACAAUCUUCAAUUCUAGGGAUAAACCAUGUAGGAACAGAAGUUAUUCCCUAUGUUACAGCUAUUAAUGACCUAGUUUCUGUAAUAGAAAUGGAAAGUUGAUAUGGUUUCAGAUUAACUUCACUAAUAAGUAUUCAAUAUGAAGAAUUCAAGUAUUCCGACUGAAUGAUUGGUUGACCAAAACCACUUUGAAUGUUUCUAUUUUAUGAAAUGAAGUGCCUGUUCAUAAUACAACUAGAUGUAGUAAUACACUGGUUAUGAAAUUGUAUUUUUUAAAGUAUUAAUGAAAAAAAGAGCCAUAAACAUUCCAGGGGAAAAUCUCAAAGUAGCUGCACAGAGCAAUUUAAAUGCAAAUUUUUUCCUAACAACUUAUAAGGUGACUAGCUUUGAAACCCCUAAUUUGCCUCAGUUGAUUUUGUAAAAAUUACAGGAGUGAUAUAUGUCUUAUGAGGGAGAAAAUAUUUCUUAUUUCUUCUUCUGUUCGUUCUGUAGGAAGCACUGAAACCCAGCUACUCUGAAAUGAAAGCAUUUUGCGUUGUUCUUCCUACCUGUAUCUCUUCUGACACUCCUUCCUGAAAGGCAGUUUUAACAGAAUACCAUGUAAUUUCCACAGGAAAGUAGCAAAGUUUUCUUUGAAAACCCAAACUAUCGUAAAAAGCACCAAACUGCUGUUUCUGCCACUGACACAAAGGACUCACAAUGAAAGAAAUAGCUGUUUGAUCAAUGAAAAACUUAUUAAUUCUGUGAAGAAACUUUUGAUAUUUUUCCUUCUUUAUCCUUCAUUGUGACUAAGAUGCAAAAGUAGAAAAUAUCCAUGCUUCUAAUUUUAUGCAGAAAAUACAGUGUUACUACAAGAGUGUGUCUUUCCCACACUUCGAUUCUUCUCUCAUGUGGAAAAUGAAGUUUUUCAUGUUGACACUGUCAUGGAAUGGCCCUAGCAUCCACUAUUCCCCAAAAGCCUACAAUUCUUUCUAUUGGAUGACAGUUUAAACUGUGAGCUUCUCUUUAGAAAUGUUCUUCUGGUAUUGAAUAAAGCGAUGCCUCCUAGGAAGCAUAUCCUCAGCAUAUUUUAUGUGAACUGUCUGUACCUAACACUGCACUCAAACACACUUCCCGUUUAGAUACAAGACAGAACAAGAUUCCAGACAAUGCUUGUAUGUCUAAACCACAGACAUUUAGAUACAUUCCAGACAAUGCUUGUAUGUCUAAGUCUCCGAUGUUUAUGGAUAAGCAUAAACCUACUCUUCAUUUCAAAGAAAGUGACAGUUGAGGGGAAAGAAUUAAUCAGUAUUGAUUAAUUGAUUUAUAGGGGUCAGCUGUUGCUAUCAUAAGUAAUGUGUAUAAGCUCAAGGCAAAGAGGAGAAUUGAUGUAAUUAGCUAGAUAAUUCAAGCAGAAAUCCAUUUUCAUAUGAAUUGCCUGUGUGAGCAUAUUUUUAAAUGACAAAUGAAACUACCUUACAAUGUUUUUUUUUAAACCAAUGUACUUGCUUGAAAAUAUUUCUCAUGUUGAAGAGUAUCUACAGGGAAAGGUUCCAAGGAGCAGUCACCCAUGAGCCUCAGCAUCAGCUCCCUCUCUUGCUCCACAGAAAUUAGCAGCAGAACAGAGGUGAGAACACACAGACAGACAUGUUUGGGGCCCAAAAAGAGAGUGUUGAUACCAAAGUGUCUCCAACAUUUUAACCAAACUUCGGUGUAUUCAUUCCAGUUCUUCAUUUGGAGUUGAAGUUACUUUAAAACAACAUUUUGGAGUUGGCGCUGAGUUUAAAACAAACAAAAACAAAUAAUUAUUACUUUUGUAGUGUAUCAUUUAAUUUCUCAAUGUUUAUUCAUUUUUUGAGUUAGAGAGACAUGGCAUCAGUGAGGGAGGGGCAGAGAGAGAGGGAGACACAGAAUCGGAAACAGACUCCAGGCUCUGAGCUGUCAGCACAGAGCCCGACGCAGGGCUCAACUCACAGACCGCGAGAUCAUGACCUGGCGGAAGUCUGACUCUCAACCGACUGAGCCACCCAGGCGCCCCCAUGGUUUAUCAUUUUAAAACUCAAUCUUAAAUAAACUCACCCCCUUAGUCUGUAAGACUGUUGAGAGCACAAAGUAUAUGUUUGUACAUUUUGGUUUAAAGAUUGAUUGUGUACCUAGGUAAACCACAUUGCAGAGAUAAAAAUCUCAAUAUUAGUAUCGCCCUUCUAAAUUAUGUGGUAUUUGCUAUUUGAAAAAAAAAAAACUAAACAUAACUAUGUAUUAAUGUGUUUUUAUUCGUCUAUUUAAGAGAUGAUGUGAAGAAAGUAUUAUAAUUAAAACAGAUGUCCACUAAUUCUAUAGAUGCUGCUUUGAUCUUUGAUUGCAACAAACCUCUGACCUAGACAUCAUUGCUAAAUUUAUUAUAUCAUUUUUAUUUCUUUCCCUAACAAAUCCAAGCGAAUAAAAUCCUAUGCAAGUUAAUAGCAAGUGUUUUGGUGAAUUGAUAAUAGGUUUAAAUUGUUGCUGAGAUAUCUGGGUGCCUGGUACCUCUCACAAUCCUUCGUACAUAGAUUUGCACCAGGGCAUAAUGAGUCACAAAAGGUUAUUCUCCCAAGAAAAUGUGGCAGAUGUUCGCCACUUAAAUUUAGAUUCAGGAAGGGUUCACAUGAGCUACUGCCCUUUGUGGAAAAGCAGAGAUUCUCGAGGCAAAAGAGCCUAAGAGACAUUCUGGUCUAAGCCCUAGGAAGUUCCCUUCAGCCAGGGAAAGCAUCAUCACUCCCAUCAGAUAAGUGAAGCCAGAGUGAUUUAGCAGUGUGGAUAUAGUCACAUGUUAGGAGCAAAAACACUAAACUAGAAAGCACUGGAAUUUAAGCUUCUCUGCUUUCUCAUGCGGUAUAUCCAGCUCAUUCCCUGAGGUGCUAGGGUUAUAAAAGAUCUUUUCCAGUGCGUUCUAUGUAACUAGCCAUUCUACCAGAUGCUAUAUGGGCUGGAAUCACUGCUUUUAAUUAAGAACUAGUCAUUCUCUGACUAUACAUGAUGAACAAAACUGUCCCAGGGAACCCAGGAAAAGGACACUAAGACUGGGUAAUGGGGGAAGUGGGGAGAGUCUCUCCAUGACACCGUAAGUCAGGAAGGAGGGCAUUGAGUAAAAGCCCUUUAUGAGAGGACAUUUCAGCUCUUUAUUAAAUCAGCAGUCUAAAUAAGUGUUUCUCAAAAUGUGGAUUUGGGGAAGUGAGGCUUAGGAAUAUUCAUCUUUAGCAAGAUUGCCCAGAUAAUACAUAUAUACACUGAAGUUUAAGAAUUUCUAAUCUAUACCAACCCUGGGUCUUAAGAAAACAUUACUUGGUAAUAUAUCUACAUAAAAUACAGAGUCACAAUAACAGGAGGGACCUAAAGCUUUGCUAUUAAAGGCACCAUUAAAAACAAAGAAACCAUUGUAUCUCUCAAAAAAGGAUGCAGACACAGCUAAUAUCUGUGCUUCCUACAUGUCAGGCACUAUUAGAGACUUUUUCAUACAUUUGUUUCUUCUAAUUGAACCCCUACAAUAAUCAGUUUUAAAAAUGAAGCAAUUUGGUUGAGCGACUUGUCCAAAAUUCUACAUCUAAUAAAAAUGGCUGAGGUGUCUCUCUACCGGGCCCUCUGGUAUGCAGUCCUGUGUUCUUCACACUGAGUUCUGCAGAAAACAUCACAAGAAUCUUUUGGUUUACAGAAAGUUGUAUAGCUGCAACUUUUAAUGUAUUUCUGUACAACUGAUCAGACUAUGUAGCCUGCCACUUUACUGGUUUAAUUAAAGAGUUUGAAGAAACAAAUACACCCUUCCUUAUGAUGUUUGCCCACCCCAGCAAUGAUGGACUUGUGUAGAUAAAUUAGAAGGUAUCUAUAAAAGCAUUAAAAAUAGGUGUACACUUAUAAAAUAUCAUGGCAACUAGAUGUAACAUAGUAAAAAUGAUGAGAAGCCACAUAUUUCACAAUUUCCUCCUCAAAAUGCCUGUAUAAUUUCACUGAAAAAAAGAAAAGAGCAGGUGCUGGGAUUUACAACCACAGUUUUAUGUCAUCCUUAAAGAUGGUAUAAAAACUAAUUGACUUUAAAUAUAUAUAUAUAUAUAUAUUUGUAUAUAUAUAACUAAUUGACUUUAAAUAUAUAUAUAUGGCAUACAAUAAGUUUCCCCUAUUGAAAAAAAUAGGUGCACAAAAAGAAAAUAAACAAUGAUUUGUUACCAUCUGCCUAAUAAUCAAUCCACAACUUUGCCUCAAAUGAAAACUAUAAUUAUUUGCACAAUAAAUUGGUAGACCUAGCCAACAGUGUUCUCAAGAGACAUUCUGUGGAAUGUGUAAUUAAUUACUCCAAAAACUAAGCUUUCUCUGAGGGUAGCACAUUGUCAUCUCACUGGCUUAAUAGGCUAUUUAAAUGUGCCUUCGCCACACACUCCACUAGCAGAAAAGAAUAAUUUUAAACUGUCAAUCCAUGUGUUGAGCGGAAGGAAAAUGGAACCACACAUUCCAAUAAACAUAUCAGCAACGUGACUGUACCAUCACAAGAUCAUGGAUGUAACCCAAGGGAGAACUAAACAAUGUGAUAUUUGAGAAAAGAAAUACUCUGCUUAGCUGCUACUGAAUCUGUAUGUCUUGCAUAAGUUUAAAAACCUCACAAUCUGCUACUCUGAAAGAUUUUUUAAAACUUCAUGGAGUUCUGAGCACCCCAUCAAUUACAAAACACUUUUCAGUUGAGUUUGUUUUAUGCAGUUCAGAAUUACAAGUGACGAGAAUUUGAAAGGACAGUUGCAAAAGAAAUUUUAAAUGUAGCCUUUUCUGGUUAUCACCAUAUCCACUCAAUUUUCUGUUUUCUGUUUCUAGAUAUUCUCUAGCAAUGGGAUUAGACUUUUUAUUCCCCCUGAGAAAGUAAUUUUAGGAUCUAUUCAUCUCAAUAUAUAUUUAUCUGUUAAUCAGCCAGUUUUAUUUCCAUAAUACCUUUCAAUUAUCCUUGGAAGAUAUACACUGAAGUGCCUUUAGCAUACCUAGGACUGCCAAGAAUCUUGAUACUUUGCUUAUUAUGAGAUGACAUAUUUCUUAAAGACAUUUAUAAUCUCAUAUUCAGAUUGCAUCUAAAUUUACAAAGCAAAGGAUUACAUCGAGGCACUCACAGUAGCAUUCAAGAAAAAGGAGCUGCUUCAAAGUUUAAAACGUUUCUCGUUAUUUUAUGUUUGGACUAUAUAGUUAAGUAAUUUUCUGUAACCAGAGUGGUAAUUUUGAUGUUUUCAGCCAAAAUCCAAUCAUGAAAGCCAAAGAAAUGCAUGGCUACUCUAAUUUCUUAAGCAGGAUUCUGUCAAGAAUUAACUCAGAAGCAGCUGAUUCAGUGCCUACAUCUAGACAGAGCUUUAAUGAGGAUAGACAGAGCCUAACAGUGUUCUGUCUACUUCCUUUGAUGUUGUAAACCAAUAAGCACGGAGGUAGCUUUUCUCAGAAGGAAACAGAUUUUAUUUCCCAGGGGCUAAUUAAUAUGCACCACCUUAGUCCCCAGAGGACUGCACAGGUGCCUGUACUAUGCCAUAUGUCAUGUGCUAGAUUCCAGCAAGCUCAAGAGAUUAAUAUACGAUCAUUAUUAUGAAUUAUUAUGUUGCAUUGAAGUUAAUGUCGGUCUUUUGUUCUAAUUAAAGUACAAACUUGGCAUCUGAAUAGAUGCUUAGCUAGAGAAGAGAAGUCAAGUUAGAGUCUCUGUUUUAAUGAACUACAUACAUUUUUCAAUCAAAAUGUGUAAUUAUUUAAUUAUCUGGUCUGCUCAGUAAGUAUAUAAUUCUUUCCUUAAAGGAUCUUUAUUCGAUAUGUUACUCUGCAGAUGAACACUACCUGGAGUGUGUUUUGUCCUUUGAAAUUCUUGGCCAUUGUCAAAUCAGACUUUCAUUAUAUAUGCAGGAGUGUUUUAUUUAUAUUAGUAAUUAUUAUUUGUUUAUCUUUAUGUCAAGCUGCUGCAUAUGGACUACCUUACUCUGAGAGUCAGAACAAAAUGUGAUUACUCUACAAAGACAGUUUUAUCAUAUCUGUUUAAUAAGAAACAAACACACAAACAAGCAAACAAAAUAUUUUACCAUACCAUUGCAAAUUGUCUGCAGGAAGCAAAAUGCCCAGAUGGUUAAGUGUAGCUCGUAUAAUUAUAUUCCAAAGAUGUUAUAAAUAAUUCCAUUUAGAAGCUGAGAUAGGACUCUAUUAGGUGAUUUAGUGUUUACAUUUCACACAGAAAGGUUUAAUGGCAAAUAUAUCCCACACAUUUUAACUUGCUACUUGGAGAAUAUGAAUAGAUUGUUUUCAAAGAAGAAAAAAAAAGGUUUCUAGGACACUCUGAAGGACUAGUUUGUUUUUAUAGACCUCUAGAAAAAUCAGCACAUCAUUUUGAUACUAGUUUCAUAUUAUGUAUUUAAAAUGUUAAUAUAUACCAUGCAUUUUUAAUCAUGCCUUCAGUGUAGCAAUAUUUAGAUAUAUAAAAUGUUAUAAUAAAUAAAUUUUCUCAACUGUACAAUAGUAAAAAAAAAAUUAUGGCCUUUAAGAAUGAAGAUGAGCAGGGGAAGAUUUAUAAAUUAACUUGGGAUAAAUUUGGAGGACAACCUCUCCAAUUAAAUUUGCUUUGAUUUAAAACAAAUAUCUCUCAAGGGGUAUCCCCAUUACAAAAUUGCACUAAACUAUUAUAGUGUUGAAUAUUGUUCAAAAUACUUUGAUUAUCAUCUGUGAUUCCGAACUCUUUUUCUUCAUAGAAAAGAAAAAGAUUCAUUGUCAUUGUCUUUGCUGUGAUUGAUUUUUAAUGACAUUGAUUUAAAGGCACAUAUCUGUGUUUUUUUAAGUACUAUAUGGGGUUGAAUGUCUAAUUUCUAUAAUGUGUAGAUGCCCACAAGGAAUUUAGUGCUCUUUAUAUUUAGCCCAAGUGUGGUCUCAAUUUAUUGACAACUUUUUAAUGGAUUACUCCCAUGACUUAAUAUGCAGCUUACUUAGAAAAGUAUAUUGUGGUCUGGAGUGACAAAAAAAAAUUGGUUGGAAUACCAUAUCCAUUAAGAAUAUGAGUGAAUAUUUUAUAUUUCAGUCACUUAAAUGUUUGUACAUCAUUGAAAACAUAGUACUAUGAAGUAAAAGCACCUUUCAAGAAAUAUGUUCUGAUUCAGAAAUGCAAUGAGAAUGUGCAGUAAAAUGGUAAUAUUUAAAAUACCCACUUAAAAAUAUUAAAUAUAGGUGCAAAA